AAAAAGUGCAUGUUCACAGGUUGUUAUAAAGGAUCCCUGAUACUCCUCUCCUCUGCCAAUUUUUACUGAGUCGGCCAAAAAAAAAACCCUCUUCUUCUCAUCUCCAGCUUUUCGGGUUGAGAGAGAUUUCUUGCAGAUUUACUCCAGUGAUCUUUCCUUCUUUCGUUUUUGUACAUCGUUCGUUCGUAUAGAUCAUGGACAAGAAGGUUCUUGAUUACACGUUGGUCCCCUCGGGCCUGUUCAUCAUGAUGGCCUACCACGCAUGGCUCCUUCAUCGGAUCGUGAAGCACCCCGACAAGACCGUCGUCGGCGUCACUGCCAUUAAUCGCCGAUUCUGGGUCCGAGCUAUGAUGGAGGAUGUCUCCAAGAACGGCGUCCUCGCGGUGCAAACGCUGAGAAACAACAUAAUGGCAUCGACCCUGUUGGCCUCGACGGCGAUCACCCUCAGCUCCCUCAUCGCCGUCCUCAUGACCAGCGGGUACGGUAACCAGUCCUCGCUCUUCAUCAUCGGAGACCGGAGCAAGUUCAGCUUCUCCGUGAAGUUCUUCGCCAUCCUCGUGUGCUUCUUGGUGGCUUUCCUCCUGAACGUUCAGUCCAUAAGGUACUACAGCCACGCGAGCAUCCUCAUCAACGUGCCAUACAGGAAGAUCUCGCAGCACCAGCAACAGCACCAGGCGAUGGCGGAGUACGUGGCCAAGACGGUGAACCGAGGGAGCUACUUCUGGUCGUUGGGGUUGCGGGGGUUUUACUUCUCUUUACCUCUUUUCCUGUGGAUCUUCGGUCCGAUUCCCAUGUUCUUAAGUUGCUUCGCGCUGGUUUUCAUGCUGUAUUUCUUGGAUGUGUCGUUUGAGUCCGGGUGGGCUGUGGAGGCUUCUGAUGAUGAUGAUGAUGAUGAUGAUGAGAGGAAAGAUGAGGAGCUGGGAAGUGCAAUGAUGAUGAGCAUCGGUGGUUUGAACAACUGAUAUUAAACUUUGCCUGAGCUUCACAUGUUAACUCUUAUAUAAGUUUUGCCGUAUACUAAGAUAUUGAAAUAUUAAAUUGUUUAUUUUA